AUGACGACAAGUGGCAUCCUGGUUUCCAUCUGCAUACAGGCGCUAGUCGCUGCCUUCGUCACUCACCCGGCGCACGGUGCCAAUCCCGUGGUGAGCUCGGUGCUCCUGGUGAAGGCGUCGGACGGGUCCGACGCCGAGGCUUACUGCGUGUUGUACGUGCCCGCCAUCAAGGACAUCGCCAAGCGGGAAGCUGACGCUGAGUACCUGCCUCUGCUUAACGUGAUGAACGACACCGAGUGCGACUACGAGCGGCGUAGUUUCGAGGGCAAGGUGGUGCUCAUGGAGCGCUGCGACAACACCUCCAACGACGACAUCAUUCAGAAGGCCAAGAGUGUCAAGGCGGCAGCCAUUGUCAUGUCUUACAACGAGAAGCGACCGAUAAUGGAGACCAGCACCUACAUAAAGAAGCUGGACAUUAUGGUCGCUUUCGCCAAGAACUCGACAGGACGCAAAAUUGCGCGCUAUGAGGAGAAGCACGCGAACAGCACCGUGAUGGCCAAGCUGUUCACGCGCGCCACGGCCCUGGACUGGAGCUUCGUGAUCAUCUGGCUGAUCGCCGUCGGCACAGUCACCAUGGGAGCCUACUGGUCCGGCAUCACGCAGUGCGGCCUGUGA